AUGGGGAACACUCUGCUCGCGGAAGAGGACGAAGAUUUGCUACAGGUGGCUGCAGACUGGAAAUACGUAGGAGGCAGGAGACUCCAGUCAUCAGAGGCAAAGCGUCGGUUUUCGGAGUUAUUCCUGACUCCCAUCAAAUUCAGCCUGAACAUGGACAGGGACUUCAUCUCCUGGAAGGUAUCCUCAGCUACACCAGGAUUCAAAGGUAGGCCACAGCCCUCAGCCUUCUUCAUGAGUGUCCUGACCAGCCUCAGGUUUCUCCAGCCUCCGGGCUCUCCUCCAUCCAAAAAGGGUUCCUAUGGGUCCUCCUCCACCCAAAAAGGGUUCCUAUGGCCUCCGGGUCCUCCUCCACCCAAAAAGGGUUCCUCUGGCCUCCUGGUCCUCCUCCACCCAAAAAGGGUUCCUCUGGCCUCCGGGCUCUCCUCCACCCAAAAAGAGUUCUUCCGGCCUCCGGGCUUUCCUUACUCAAAAAGGGUUCCUCUGGCCUCCGGGUCCUCCUCCACCCAAAAAGGGUUCCUCUGGCCUCCUGGUCCUCCUCCACCCAAAAAGGGUUCCUCUGGCCUCCGGGCUUUCCUUACUCAAAAAGGGUUCCUAUGGCCUCCGGGUCCUCCUCCACCCAAAAAGGGUUCCUCUGGCCUCCUGGUCCUCCUCCACCCAAAAAGGGUUCCUCUGGCCUCCGGGCUUUCCUUACUCAAAAAGGGUUCCUCUGGCCUCCUGGUCCUCCUCCACCCAAAAAGAGUUCCUCUGGCCUCCGGGCUUUCCUUACUCAAAAAGGGUUCCUCUGGCCUCCGGGCUCUCCUCCACCCAAAAAGGGUUCCUCUGGCCUCCGGGCUCUCCUCCACCCAAAAAGGGUUCCUCUGGCCUCCGGGCUCUCCUCCACCCAAAAAGGGUUCCUCUGGCCUCCGGGCUCUCCUCCACCCUAAAAAUUUUUCCUCCGGCCUCCGGGUCCUCCUCCACCCAAAAAGGGUUUCCUCUGGCCUCCGGGUCCUCCUCCACCCUAAGAAGCAUUUCCUCCGGCCUCCGGGUCCUCCUUCCCCCUUAGGAGGGUUUCCUCUGGCCUCUGGGUCCUCCUCCACCCUGAAAGCGGUUUUCUCAGGCCUCCGGGUCCUCCUCCGACCUAAAUAGGGUUUCCUCGGGCCUCCGGGUCCUCCUCCACCCUGAAAAGGGUUUCCUCCGGCCUCCGGGUCCUCCUCCACCCUGAAAAGGGUUUCCUCCGGCCUCUGGGUCCUCCUCCACCCUUAUUUUUCUUUACUUAUGGUAAUACAAUUAACAAGCAUUCAUGCAGGAAUUUCACUUUGCUAGUGGUAAUUUUUUUUAUGGUGUUUAGCUGUGAAUUAUAAUUCACAACCUGGCUGACUGUUACUUUGACCCACAAUCAGAGGACCCCACUGGCCGGCUUUGUGUUGGUGUCCAGGUGGGUGGUUCAUGUGACUUGUUGGUCCACUACCUCUCUUCAGAUGUUUCCUUGACCUGUUGGUCCACUUCUACCCCUCAGGGGAUUCCUUGACCUGUGAGUCUACUUCCACCCUACAGAGGGUUCUUUUGCUAGGGGGUUCACCUCCACCUUUCAGUGUGUUCCCCUGGCCUUCUGCUACACUUCUAUCCUGCAGCAGGUAGGUCACAAUCACCAGGUGAGUCAAGUUUAUUUAGUUCCUAAAUGCUGUGUGGUUAAUCACUUACAACAGCCACAAUAAAUAAAAUGAAAACACAAAAAGCAAAAAUACAAAACAGAAAAUUCCUCAAUAUAAAAUUAAACUGAAUUCAAAUGAAAAAACAAAAAUCUGUUCUAAAUGAAAAAACAAACUUAAACUUUUCAAGGUUCAAAAAGUGUGUUCAAUAUCAAUGACAAAAGCUGUCUUUCAUAUUACCAAAAAAUCAAUACAAAACAACAAAAUACAAAACAUAAAAUUUGUUCAACACAAUUACAGAAAGAAUCAAAGAGAUAACAAUGUUCUCCAAGGGAAACAACAACUGAACAACAAAAUUCGAAGUGCUUCGACAUCAAUCAUGUGGGUAAAAUACUUUUAAGGAAACAAUGAAACAGCAAUAAGAUAUUGUCAAAGAGCUUUCAAGGAAAUAUGGACCAACUAUGGAACAAUGACAAAAACCCAACUAAAUUCUCAAAAAGCUUUGAAGGAAAUAUGGACCAACUGUGGAACAACAACAAAAAAAACAAAUUUCUCAAAGCGCUUUCAAGGAAAUGUGGACCAACAAAAUUCAAAUUGCCCUCAGGAAAAAAAUCACAUCAUUAGCAGGUUUUUCAAGGAAACUAUAGAACAGCAAUGAAAACAUUCACAAGGUGCUCUGGAAGAACUACAGCCCAACACUGAGGAAGAAUUGUGACAACCAGCGAGGCAUCAGACCUCGUUUUUAUCUCUCCUGCAGUCACCCAGCAAUAUGAAGAUAACGAAAUGAUGAUGAAGACGACAAUAAGACCCAGAAGCCAUGGCGUAUACUGAUAUUUUGUCAUGUUUAUGUGUGUACUGUACUGGUUGUCUUUUGUGUAUUUGUAUAUUUCUCUCCCUGCUGGUCUUAAGAAGUUGCCAAAAUACCCAAUGCUGCAGAAUUGGGCAUUUUGGCAUAAAUUUCAGAAACGUGCUGCUGCUGUUUUACAUCUUGGCGUCGACAGGGAGAUGGUCUUUGGUUCCUCCGUCCACAUGAGAAGCUGAGCCAGGCAUCCUUGUGCUGGGGACCGUAGCCAAAGUGUUCAUCCUAUAAGAAGACCCCGAUGCCCUCCAUCUCCGAUGGGAUGCUGAGCCAGGAUUCAGACUGGGUCGUCAACUAACCACCGGAUACCUGAAGCCAGUGGAGGCCAGAGCUGCUCUAACGAAUUUCUGACCGCGACAAGUGUUUGCAGGUCCUGCCAGUAUCAGCCCUGACUCCUGAAGGACUGUGCAAACUGCAAGAGGCUUCUGGUCAUCUUCAACCUGAGCCAGAGCCUGGAGGGGAUCCUGACUUUGUGGAAGACUUCCUGCAUGGUUCCAGUCCUGAAGACGUCUCAGGAGGGGCAGGUCUCUCCUGGACUGUUCCCUGGACUCUGAGGAAGAUGCUGGCCAAGCAGGCAUCCAUCAUGGACAACCCCUCUCACCCUCAUAACACUGUUGGGGCCUGAGCAGCCCCUUCAGCCAAAGACUGUUACACCGUCCCUUUUAAGGAGUGUGAGAUCAUUCAAGCCAGGGACAGGCAACUUUGGUUUCCAAGGCUAUAACCAGGGCUUUCUAGAUUGAUUAGAUUAAUUAAUUAUAAUGCAUAAUUAGUGCAUUAUUUUUUUAAUCCAGAGUAAUCUCACACUUAAUUGUCUCUUUCAACACACUUUGGUUCAGCUGCUUCAAUGUCCCCCUGCAGCCACAGUUAUGAAAAAUAAGUCAAUCAUUGAUCCUCAUUUUUUCCGACAUUAAUGCUCAGCUGAAUCAGGACUGGUUUAAUAGAUGGAUGCGCAGUAUUUUUGGUCCUUUUUCUAGUAUAAUUACGUCUAUUUUCCUCCCUGCUGCAUCAGUUAUCAUUUUGAUAUUGACUUGUAUGUGAAUGCCAUGCAUUAUGGGUUGUGCACAGCAGUUUUCUCUUAAUGUGCAGCAGCUUUCAAGAAAAUUACAUGUACAUAUUUUGAUUUAUCCACCCUUUCCAUCCUGAUAUCUCCACUGUAGAUUAUAAGUUGAUUAGGGACCUGGGUUCUGAGCAGGUUCGGGUGACGGCCAUCAGGUCCAUCAACGACUGUGAGGUUCCCUGGGUUUGUAAAGUUAAAAUGGCAUUUCUUUUAUGAUUCUAGAAGAAUCAAAAGGGUGGAGCGGUAUAAGGUAGACAUUGUUUCUGACAUUAUUUCUGAUUAGUCUGCAUGACUUUGCAAUUUGUGAUUAGUUGUAUAAUUCAGGAAGUUCUUGUGUUAUGAACAAAAUGUAACUCAUCAUUGAAUCACGCACUUGUCGGUCCUCUUUCUCUUCCCUCUGUAUCAGAGCUGUUGGCAGGGCCCAUACUCAAUAGUUAUCUAGCUAGAUUACAGUAUUGCAACAAAUACACUCGGUUCCCUUCAUUAAUUCCCUACAAAGAACAAAACAUGCACUAGUAAUCCAGUUUUACAAGAUUAUAUUUAAAUAUUGCAUAUUUUUCUAAACUGUGCAUGGUGUUGUGCAGGUGGAUUUACUUCUUGGCUGAUGAUCUCAUGUUUUCUUCAUGUUUGUUGACACUAGAAAUUUUCUACAAGUUCUCUUCUAUUUUAACUCUUGUAAAGUAUAUAUAAGAGCUUGCAUAAAUGUGAAUAUACUUUUUUGUCUGCAAAAAUAUGUAUGUAAAAACUGUCCCAUAGAUGCUACAGCCAGCUAUCCAAAAGCCUCUGCUCCUCAACAUGUUAAAUUAUUGAUAAUACUAUUACAGUUUAAGAUGCGUAAUGUUACCUGGAUAUUUUUCCCUCAUUCAAAUCAGUACCAUUCAUACUGUUUUCUUAAAAUCUGGUCUGAUCCUUCCAUAAGUCAAAGUGUGCAUGUGUAAAUUUGUAAAUAAGACUAUUAUAUUACUUUUUGUUAUAUGGUAUUGAAGUAUUGGCACUUUUUCCCUUACUUUGUUUUUUUUUUGUUUCAUGUCUUUAUUAAACAGUGCAAGUGUUGCAAACAUUUCUAGUUUACAUUUUGUUUUUGUUAAAUAUUUGCUGGUUAUGU